AUGCACCCCGCUACCAGCGCUGGUCUGGAGAGACGCCACUGUAUAAAUCUUAUUCGGCCUGACUGUCUGCCGAUCGCUUUAGAGAUAGUAUGGCAAGACCUCCGGGAUAUCUAUGAUAGGAUCCUUGCUCGCGAAGAGCGUUGCGCGAUGAUAACGUCAAUAUUAGCGAACGAUUUAUCCUUCAACUACGAGCAGAACUGGCCCGCGAUGUUCCAGGAACACAGAGCGCUUAUAUAUGAGUGCAAUAAUUUCUUGAUUAAGGAGCAGCAGUACUCCGCAGCACCAUCGCAAGGGAAAUUAUCUAGGAAGUACGAAAUAGUAAGAAGGAUGUGGGAUACUGGCGUGUGGACGUUAGCGAAAGUCCUAUACAAGCAGAUGCCGCGCUCACAACCAUAUCUUGUCGAAGUUUCCGAGUACUCCUAUCAGAUGAUUACGUUCCUUUACCGAGCAGAUACUGCCUUCUACGAAGAUUGGUGUAAGUUCCUUGCCGACCUGGCGGUACUCCGACACUAUAUCGAACAGGAUGCCGAUCGAAGCCGGUUCUGGAGGACACGAGCGGCAGAACACUUCAGCAGGUUGCUAGAACGACAACCUGGUGAAGGGCGGCUAUAUCACGGGCUCGCAGUUUUG